GUCUAUUGUUUGAGCAGGAGGUACAUUGGUGGUACCAGUAGAUGGUGCAGGAGCAGGAUCGGAAGACGGUGCAGGAGCAGGAAUGCUGGUACUCUUAGAGCGUCCUCCACGUCUAGGACGAGAAGCCGAUGGUGCCUCACUUCCCCUGUCAAAAUGAAAAGUUGAGUUGAGUAUAAUUCCUUAACUAUACUGAGAAUACAACAUUUAGAAUCGGAGGGUCCAAACGAGCCCUAAAUCUAAUGAAGAACUAUAUUAGUUCUCAAUCCUUUUUACUCUUCAUAGUAGCACAAUUUAUCCAAAUACUGAAAUCAAUCUGUAUUAACAUUUCCAGGAGAAGACCCUAAUGGAAGAAAACAGAAAGCUGCGGGAGAAGUGUGGACUGGAACCAUGGAGAUUCUCAUUGAGCAACAAGAAGCAGCAACUACUAGACAAGAUAAUCGUAGCAGAAGCUGCAGCUGGAGAAGAAGAGGAAGAAGAAGAAGAAGGGAGAGGAAGCAGUAUUGAUGAUGUGGAGACAGAGCUGUACAUAGGGCCAGCACCAGACAGAAGAGCAGCAACCAAAACUACUACAUGCCUUCCUCCUCCUACACACUACUAGAGUCAGUACUCCUCCACAACUUCACUAUAGAAACAUAUGAUGAUCUCGAAUAAAAAAGACAUUAACAU